CUAUGAAUCUUCAUUGAAACCAUGUGGGUUACUCAUCAAUGCUCCUCUUGACAUUGACUAGAAUCAUACAAACUAAUUGUACCAAUCACAGACCGCAAUCACAGUUGGCUAAGAAGCUUCAAAGUGACUCCUAGUACGGUUACGGCUAAGGCUUUUGAUUGUGUUGAUAUAGCAAAUCACAUAGCUUCACAUCUUGUGUACUUGAACAAAUAAUAACAAUAGUUAGUGCCUGUAAUACUGAGAAGUGAAUUUUCCUAAUUACAAAGCACAAAUUAAGGCCAAGUGAAAUUAUAGCGGGAGUCUCGCAAGGACGUAUUUUGGGCCUGUAAUUAUAAUGUCACGCUGAUUCAAAAACUGUACCCAGACUAACAAAAUGUUGUGGAAUUCAUUAGCGCUUUUGUUCUUGAUAGUGAAGACUGUCGGUGUAUUGAGUAAAGACUUAGAUGAGAGUGAGAGGACACUAAGGGCUGUUUUUGUUCAAAACUUGUUGAACAAACGAAAGUAUUUGGAAGGGAAAAUAAGGUUGAGCGGCCCUAACGAAUUCGAAGGGAACGUGUACAUUUACCACGCGGGACGCUGGGGGGCCGUCUGCGAUGAUUCCUGGGACGAUGCUGCUGCCAGGGUCGUGUGCAGGAUCUUCAACAGAACUGGUGUGGCCACGUAUGGAGCGCAGUAUGGGGAAGCUACCAGAAGAUUCUGGAUGGAUGACGUAGUCUGUGAAGGCGAAGAGAAAUCACUAUCCCACUGCAUAUUCUCCGGUUGGGGAUCAUCAGAUUGUGAGCCCAGUGAAGCAGCUGGAGUGAUAUGCUUUGACAAGGAUAGUGGAGUAUCUACGGAAUCUCCAAAGAGUAGCGAUAAGAAGAUUCUGGAAGCCUUGGAUCUGAAGUCUGCCAGUUUGAGACUUAGCGGUGGUCGGAGUAACAACGAAGGGAGAGUGGAAAUAUACCACAACGGAUCCUGGGGCAGCAUUUGCCCUGACGGCUGGACUGUCUACGAAGCCUCCGCCGUUUGUCGUCAUUUAGCCCUAGGGUAUGCCCAGCAGGCCCUCCAGACUGACUUCUACGGAGACUCCAGGAUAGUCCUCAGUGGAGUGAAGUGUGAAGGAAACGAAAGCAAUCUCUUCAUGUGCAGUCAUAGGGAGUAUGGAGACGUGGUGUGCCCUGGCGAAGUUGGUUACGUGGCAGCAGUGGUAUGCACCCACGUGCUAGCCGACCUGGCCCUGGACACAACAGCUAUAGAAAGAACGUCCCAUCUGCAGGACGUGUCGAUGUACCAGCUCCAAUGCGCGAUGGAAGAGAACUGCUUGAGUAAAUCUGCUUAUGAGAUCAAGGAGAGGAAUCCAGACUGGCAAUUCGAGACGCGUCGACUCCUGCGCUUCACGGCUUCAUCUCUGAACAUUGGGAAUGACGACUUCAGGCCGUACCUGCCCAAGCAUCUGUGGCAGUGGCAUCUUUGUCACAUGCACUACCACAGCAUGGAAGUGUUCGCGACAUUCGACGUGCUCAAUAGCACCGGCCACCGAGUGGCGGAGGGUCACAAGGCGUCCUUCUGCUUGGAGGACAACACCUGCAUGCCUGGGGUCGAGAAGAAGUACUCUUGCAAGAACUAUGGGGAUCAAGGUGUAUCAGUGAACUGCUCAGACGUGUAUCAGUACACCAUCGACUGCCAGUGGGUGGAUGUGACAGACGUGGUGCCUGGCGACUACACUUUUAAGGUGGCAGUAAACCCCCAUGCCAGGGUAGCUGAGCAACAAUACCAUAACAACGCGGCGACCUGCAAACUACGUCUGACAGACUCGUAUGCCUCGGUUUAUUCUUGUACGCUAGGACGACCGUGAAAUGGGAGUUUAGUAAGUAAAAAAACAUUUUUUUAAAUAAAAAAAAUCUUUUUUGUUUAAUUUUUUUUAAAAGAUAUUUUGUAUAAUAAAACGUUGAGAGUUUGUAAAAUAAAACAAUAUGUUUGACUACGUUCUUUUAUUAGAACCUUAAUCGUACUAUCACAAUGUUAUUUUCAAUAUUAAAACUAAAAUAUGAGCAAAGUUCAAGUCUAUUUGUUAAGAAAUAAAUAAACGUACAUAUUUUAAAUAGAUAGUAUGAUUUAUGAUGUUACUUUCAUAAAAUUAGGAAAGUAAAAACCCGAUACAAAAAUAAAUAAAAAUAAAGAAUUUAACAUUAUUUUCAUAAUUUGUACUUAUUUUUCAUAAUUUUUGAAAGAUUAAAAGAAAAUACAAUAAAAGUCAUAGCCACAAAUUCAUUGAAAAUUAUAAGAAAAGUGCGGUUGAUUGGCACAUUAAUGAUGUAACAAUUUUGAGUCUAGACAAAUUUUAAAAUAAUGUUACAUUACUCAAAUAUUAAGAAAGGUACUAAAUAUUGUGAUUGAUCAAAUUUUAAUAACUACAAUAAGUUAAAAACGACGUUCAAAAUACAAAAAAAACAUUUUGUAUUACCGAUCUUAAAUUCUACAGUCUUCAGAUACUUUAUUUAUAUUUGCAUUCGAACGUCAAUUUUUCUUCGUAUUUGUAUUGAAAAGAACCUUAACCAAGUAACCUAUGUUAUAAAUAGGUGAACUAAAUACAUAAAACCAGAACUAGACUAAUACUAAAUACUCUAAUACCUCGUAACAAAGGACGGGAAGGCACUUGAAUAAUUUACAUAUUCAUAAAUGAGGUUUGCUUUCAAUUGUUUGUAUUUAACUGGUCUAAUCUAGGAGAAAUAUUAGGCUUAUUUGAUUUAUUUAGUACCCAUAAUGUACUGUUUGCGUAAAUUAUGCAAUAUUCAUUAUUUUAGACGAUCUUGAAGUAAGUGUACCUAACUUAUUU